GUUGCAAUUACAUUUGACGUCUGUCGGAAUUGUCCAAAUUUUGUGAAUAAAUUGUGGAGAUUUUAUUAUUCUAAUUUCUUUCAUAAAUGUAAAUAUUUAAUUAAUGAGCAUUGACAAAGCAAAAUUUUCUUUAUGUUACGAAAGAUAAGUAAUUCUCACCGUGUGACAAACUGACAUUCAGGUAAUGCUGUCAAUAUAAUAUGAAAAUUUACUAAUUUCGAGGUUAGGUUUCUUUGUAUUUUUAUCAUUUUUAUUAAAAAAAAGUAUAUAGAACAAAUGAAAAAAUGACAUUAUUGUACAAAUGUAUAAUAAACAACGCAAUAAUACAGAAUUCCAAUCGAAUAUGUCUGAGUUCGUCGUGCCUUUUCCGCUCGAUUCAUCUGUCGAAAAGAAAAUUCGCCUGGCCGAGUUUGCGACACUACACGACCAACACGAUAAAGGCAAAAGUCGUCGAGAAUGCAGCGAAAAACGUAAAAUCUGCCUCUGGAAAAAAAGGAGAGUCCGAAUUGAGGAGACUUUUUGCAUUGGCAGCGCCGGAAAAAUGGAAACUCGCCGGUGCCGUGGCUUUUUUACUGGUUUCGUCGAGUGUCACGAUGGCCGUUCCCUUCUGCCUGGGGAAAAUUAUUGACCUGAUUUAUUCGCCUGACAGCGAGAAGACGAAGGAGAAUUUAAAUCGAGUGUGUCUCACACUGCUGGGUGUAUUUAUUAUCGGUGCAAUAUGUAAUUGUAGUCGAAUCUAUCUCAUGUCAACUUCGGGACACAGAAUCACACGCAGUUUGAGGAAGAAGGUCUAUUCGGCGAUUAUCCGACAGGAGACGGCAAUGUUUGACAAAGUUAGCACCGGCGAACUUGUCGGAAGAUUGGCAGGUGACGCUCAGCUCGUGAGUUCGUCGAUAACCAGCAACGUGUCGGACGGUUUGCGUUCAACGAUAAUGACGACAGUGGGAAUGUCAAUGAUGGUCUACGUCUCUCCCCAACUGUCGCUGGUGGGUUUGCUUGUGAUUCCUCCAGUGGCCGGACUAGCCAUCCUCUACAACGGAUUUGUCAAGAAGAAUUCCAAAGACGUGCAGGACAGUCUGGCCUCGUUGAGCACGACAGUCGAGGAGAAGAUCAGUAACAUAAGAACAGUGAAGGCUUUCGCGCAAGAAGUCAACGAAAUUCAAAAAUACAAUCACAAACUACAGGAUUUAUUGAAUCUCUGCUACAAGGAGAGCCUGUUCAGAGGAUUAUUCUUCGGAAUGACGAAUUUUUCCGGCAACGUAAUGAUUCUUUCUGUCCUCUACUACGGCGGUUUUAUGUUGUCCGAUGCGCGAAUCACAGUCGGCAGUCUCAGCGCCUUUCUGAUCUACGCCGGAUACGUGGGGUUCUCGAUAAGCGGCGUGUCGAGCUUCUACUCGGAGCUGAACAAAGCCCUCGGGGCGAGUACCCGACUUUUUGAGUUAAUCAAUCGUCAGCCGACAAUUCCAGUUGAGGGCGGAAAAAUCCUCGAUCAGGAUUUGUCCGGCGAUGUGAGAUUCGAGAAUAUAAGCUUUGCGUAUCCGACGAGAAACGCUUCGUGGAUUCUCAACGAUUUCAAUCUGCAUUUGCCAAAGUCUUCGAUAACGGCGAUUGUCGGUCCGUCCGGUUCGGGGAAAUCGACUUUGGCUCUGCUCCUCCUCAGGCUGUAUGACCCGGACAGAGGAUCCAUUUUACUAGACGGCCACGAUCUUAGAAAUCUCGAUCCCAUCUGGGUGAAGAGUUUCCUCUCUGUUGUGCCACAGGAGCCGACGCUUUUCAAUGACACGAUUCGUGAGAAUAUCAUUUAUGGAACGAAUGAUGUCUCGGAAAAUGAUAUAAUCGAAGCUUCGAAGAUUUCAAAUGUUCUCGAGUUUGUAAAUAGAUUGCCGAAUGGUCUCGAUACUCUUGUGGGAGAAAGAGGAAUCACUCUCAGUGGAGGACAACGUCAAAGGGUCGCCAUUGCGAGAGCUUUAAUUAAGAAUCCUCGGAUUUUGAUACUGGACGAGGCGACAAGUGCCUUAGACGCGGAAAGUGAACAUUUGGUGCAAGAGGCUGUGGAGCGAGCAUCCCGAGGCAGAACAGUGUUGACGAUAGCACACAGGCUCAGUACAAUUAAAAACGCUGACCAGAUAGCCGUCUUAGAUCAAGGUCGUAUCAUCGAAACUGGAACGUACAACGAACUGAUAGCACUCGAGGAAGGAUUUUUCAAAAAAUUGAUCAAGCAUCAGACAUUUAGUUAGUUGCCUCAUGUUUUUCGCAUCAUUUGUCUGGGAGGCUCGCGAGCGAAGAAGAUAAAGAGCCAACUGAAUUUAUGUUCUACUGCUGCUGCUGUAUAAAACUGGACUUUGCCCUCUGACGCACAACCGGUCCGCCUACGUUUGCAAAAAAUUUUUUUUUCCUUUUUCCCUUCCUUCUUCUUUUUGGAGCAACGAGAGAAAUUCAAAUAUGUGAACCUCUGUUCGUAGGGGGAGGGGGGCGGAGUCGCAAUAAGUUGUAAUAAUUUCAAUUGCAAUUAUGUCCAUUGGUAUUUGGAAUUGAAAAAGAAAAAAAAUGUAAAGAAGGCGGCGAGGGGAUCUCGUAAAAGUCAGUGACAUCGCAUCGACUACUUAUGAACUUUCCCCCUCUAGCAAUGCAAAGUGAUUCUCAAAUCGAGGAGCGUGGAACUUGUUUUAUUUGCAUUUUGAACGCGAAUUCAUUCAGGCGCUCAACGUGCCUUUGGGGAAAAAAAGAAAAAUUGUAUUUAUUCGGGUUUCUAAAUUAAUCGACGACAAUUAAUUUAAAGUAAAAAUUCACUUGUUGUGAAUUUACUAUUCGGGUGUAGAAUCAUUGUCUCUUGCUCACUUUCUCUCUCGCUCGCUCGCUCUCUCUCUCUCUCUUUGAUCCCCUUUUGAAAAUCUCAAGUGCUUUCUGCGAGCGGGAAAUCAAGUUUCUACGUAACGGUUUUGCGCUAAACUUUGGACUUUGAUUGAGAUUAUUACGCGAGUUAAGAUCUUUCCGAUAGCACACUGACAAAACUCUCUCAAGUCCGGUGCGUGCAAUUUGUUAUUUCCCACACAAGUAUUUAAUGUAGAUUAUACUACAUGUGUGCAUGUUUAUGAGAUACUACGAGUUGCAGCGCUUCACCAGUGUGUUCGAAUUCGUUGAGGAAUACAGACGCAAAUUUAUAAUUGUAUAUACGUGUAAGUGCGAUAGUUUUUCUUCUUUUUUUUUCUCUUUUUGGAUGAGGUAAAAAUAAAAAACAUUUCUUUAGACGAAA